UUUUUUUUUGAUAUCUCACUUCACAAAGCAGAGAGACGCUUAUUUCUGCCAGAUUUUUUCGUUUCGCGCAAAAACGCAUCGAAUAAGUAUAACUUUAUCGAUAUUGGAAGUGAGGUUGCUAACUAUAUAAACUAAAUAAUUUAUUUACACCGACUUUACGCCAGCAAUAAGAAAUAUUUUUUCUUAGAUUGAAAAAUCUUAUUGUAGCAUUAAAAUGAAUGUUGAUAUUGAUCUUAUGUCACUUUUCAAAAUCUAAAAUGUUGAUUUUCAAAUAAUAAUGAUGCUGUAUCGUAUGUAUGAGGUGUAGGUGUAAGUGUAGAAACAUGAGGUGUAGAAUGGGACCCUACAACCGUUCCGGCGAAUCUGUGAAAUCAAAUAUUGUGUGUGGUUGAUGCGACUCCGGAGUCCGGAGUUGAGUUGUUUGUAGAAUUUUGGAGUUUCUUUCCUUUUUCUCGAGAUAAUGGAUAGUAACAUGGAUGAUGAGUGUAACACGACGAUCAAGGAGAUAUUUCAGGAGCCACGAAAAAGAUUCUGGCUGAGAUCAAGAAAACGGUUGAAGAGCGACGCGAUGAGCGUUAGCUCGAUGGACAUAUCCAUGGAGUCUGACAUGGGUAAAAAGAAGAAACGUCGCAGAAUCACAGAGGUUGCUAGCAGUAUAUUUUCCUCUACCACAGCAAGUAAAUCCAGAAAUACUUUGCACAGAUCCUUCACGAUACAGCCAAACUCUGCAGACCUGUCCAUUGUUGAGGACGAAGCAGACACAAGAACCUUAAAAAAAAAAUUGAAUAACGCUACCGAGAGCUGUAGCAAUUUGGCAAUCAGGAGUUGGAUAUCUGACAUUGCACAGCCACGUGGCAAGGAGCGAAUAAACAGCAUAUUAAGUCGCAGUGAGAUUAGGCGACAAGAGGCUAUUUAUGAAUUAUACUGUGGCGAAACUGUGCUGCUGAAUGAGCUCUGUACACUGAGAGACUUUUACUACAAACCAAUGUCAGUCACUGAGAUCUUUACAUCCGAAGAAUUAUUCACACUCUUUGGCGAUCUUGUAAAUCUUAUUGAGAUACAUAGUAACUUGAGGGACGAAUUGUUCAUGUUGCGGGAUAAAUACGGAUUCACAAAGACCGUGGGACCAACUCUAUUAAAUUGGUUAUCAACAUUAAAGAAACCAUAUCUCGAAAGGUGCAGAACAUUGGUUUGGGCGAGACAUUUAUUGGAGGAGAAAAGAUUUACGAAUAAGAGGUUUCAAUCGUUUCUAAAGAAGCGCCUAGAGUCACCGCAUUCCGUCGAUCUGUGGACUUACUUGGAUGUGCCACGCUCAAGAAUUGUGAAGUAUCCGCUGCUGGUGAAUGAGAUCUUAAAAUAUACUCCUACUACCGAUACAGAUCAUCUACCAUUGAAAGAGGCGAGUAACGUGCUGUCUGAUUUGCUAAAAGAUAUCGAUCACAUCAUGGGCGAUGCUGAAUGUAAGCUUGCUCAAUCAAAAAUAAACACAAAAAUCGAGCACGAUCCUGAAAAUUGUAUCGCCAGUGCCACAGAGUUGAUUACGGAAGGCCAGCUUAAAGAUAUACGUGGAAUAAAAUAUUAUUGCUUCCUUUUCGACACUUGUUUCGCGAUAACUCGCCCUACGCGGCGUGUUAGCAAAAAAUACAAUCUAUCCUUUUCCGUCAUACCUAAGGAGCAGAUGUAUGUGCAAGUGGAGGAUAAAAAUACCGUAGAAAUCUGCUUCAAGAUUGGAGAAUUUUCUUUUCUAAUGGAAGAUGGGCACAAAAAGAGACAUUGGGUUGAUUCGUUUAACAAGAUACAUUCUAAAGUGUGUAUUCUGGAAAAAGUGUUCAACACUGACGAUAAAGAGAACUUGUUAGACAAUACAGAAUUACCAGAGUCAAAUAAUUGUGUCACAAGAACGUCGAUAUGCAGAAGAACUUCUACAAGCAGUAUAAAUGAUACUCUAUUUUCCUUCUCUAUAAAGAAGAGUCUGCUCAGGCAAAAACGUAACAGUAUUGGUUAUAUUUAAUAUAAGCUCAUUUGCACUUUUAUUUUUUCAAUAAGAAACAUUCUUAAUGUACGAAAAUUAUGAAGUAUCUUCAAUUGAUUAAUAUUAAAAUCCCAAAUUAUUACAACGAAAAA